GCUAAAAAGCAAAGCACGCGGAGCGGAGAAAGAUCGAUGCUGAUUCUUUCGGUGGCAGAGAACCAACCCCUCCCCAAAGCCUAGAUUCUCCAUUCACCCCUUAUCUCUUCACAUUUUGGGAGUUAUGGCUGAUAGCUUGAGAAGAUUAAUCAGCAACGAGACCUGCAGGAUUUUACAGGAGAAGUUGGAGACUUGGUAUAAAGACUAUCACGUUAACUCAUGUGAUCAGAACCUGACUCGAUGUUGUGAAAUCAUGGAACUGAACUCCAUGAUUCAGGGGCAACUCUUCACAAUCUUAAAUCAAACAUGUCGAGAAGGUGGACAUUAUGCAGGUGUGGAAAUAAUAAAAUCUCGUCUCCUGCCAUGGUUGGGGACAUGUUUUUCUAGCCCCAGUCCUGGAAGGCCCUUUGAAACAAGCUCUUCUCUUUUGCAGGAGUCACUUGAGAAAGACAGAUUGCUGAAGGAAUUGACCACCUCUCGGAACCAAGAAAUACAACAGCUGGAGAAAGAACUGAACGCCACUCGUUUACAGCUCAGUCUUGUUCAGCAAGAUCUUGCAGAAGCCAAGUUGGCUCUUGAAGACACAAAGACCAAAUCAGCCACCACUCUUUUGGCAACAGAGGAUGAAAUUGUACAGCUAAAAGCAGAUCUAAAGGCUUCUCGGGCAAAAGAAGAACGUGCUUUGAUGAACCUGGAGCGGCUGAGUGACUAUGAGGAGCAUCUUCAAACACUGAAAGAAGAGAUUGCUGUGCUUGGUGCUCAAAAAUCUGUUCUACAAAGCAGACUUGCACGAAGUCGAUCUCCUUCCCCAAGAUCUGUCCGAAGCAGAUCACCAAGCCCACUUCCAAUGAGAAGUUUCUCACCUGGUCGAGCGAGACUUACAAAUGCUUCCCGUCAUGCUCGCCUUGUGGAACGCUUCAGUGACAUUUAUGCUCAGGAUCGGUUGGAUGCUCAAACCCUCCUGAGGAGUUACAUUGACGAUCUGGAGAUGGUGCAGAGGAUAAUCUAUGUGGCAGCUGUGGAGUCUUUCCAUGCAGCAAAGAUGGCCUUCAGACAGUUCAAAAUGCGUGUUAGGAAGACUCUGUCCCUAAGUUAUUCAGGGCCUGAAUCACUUGAAGACAUGGUAAUGGACUAUAUCGUUCGCCAGGAGGAUCUGUAUGAUGUUCAAUCCAGUGUCAGUGAAGUCAUUCGUGCAAUGAACAUGAAUCCUAAGAUUUCUUUCCCACCGGAAGUUGAUUUUAUCAUGAUCAGUGGUUUAGUACGAGAGUUGUGCCGUGUAGCCUUUUCAAUGCAGACUUUGGAUCCUCCGCUUGAUAUUUCAUUUGGUACAGAUGGAGAACUUUUUAGCGAGUACAAAUACCGUCGCAGCUUUGACUCUGAAUUCACAGCUCCACUGGUGGUCUACCAUGUGUGGCCUGCACUUAUGGAAGAAGAUUCUGUCCUUGUGAAGGGGGAGGCAGUCACAAGAAGAGGUGCUCUGUGGUGUCGCAGGAGCAGAAGCAGAAGCAGAAGCUGCAGCCGUAGUCGUAGUUUGAGCCCCCUGUCUCAUAGUGCAGGCUACUCCCACCACUUGCCAUCUCGAAGCCGCAGUCCUUCCCCAUUAAGGAAUGGAAGCCCAAGUAAGUGGGCGUAUUCAGAACUUAGACAAUCAUGGCUUUAAAAUGCUUAAGUAAGCAAGUAAACAGAUAAUAUGGUACAAUUUGCAGGCUGUUUUUUCCCUUUUUAAAACCACAUUGUUCUUCAAUGACUCUCUUUUAACAUAAGGAAAUUUCAUUCUUUAA